UACUCCUAAAACACCAAUCAAGGUUUCUCACUUAGUCUCCAUCAAACAAAGGCAUCAUAACGGAAUCAUGGCUUCAUCAUCAUCAGCGAAGAUAACCAUUCCAACAUCAUCCACUUUUAGCCCUAGCCUUGGAAUUGAAUUAUUGACUGGGGCAAACUUUGCCACAUGGAGGGAUACGGUUAAACUUACUCUUGGUAUGGUGGAUCUUGAUUAUGCCCUGAGACAUGACCCUCCUGCUGCUCUGACUGCUGAAAGCAAUGCAGAUCAGAAAAUAGAGCAUGAAAAGUGGGAAAGGUCUAACAGAAUGUCUCUUAUGGUUAUCAAGAAUUCCAUCUCAAGUGCCAUUAGGGGAGCUAUACCUGAUUCAGAGAAUGCUAAAGAAUAUCUGAAUUCAGUUGAGGAGCAAUUCAAGGGAUCUUCUAAAGCACAUGCAAGUUCUCUAAUUUUGAAGAUGCUUACCACAAAAUAUGAAGGGACUAGUGGUGUGCGUGAGCACAUAAUGAUGAUGAGCGACAUGGCCCAUAAAUUAAAGGGAUUAGACAUGGAAAUAAGCGAUGGAGGAGGAACGUUUGAAACUAGAACAACCAAAAGUUGCUUAUAUCGCUACCACUAA